AUGGGCGCUGUUCCGACCUCCAGCUCCAGCAGCCCCAUCCUCAUGGAGAAGGGGAGCACCGCAGAGAAAACCUGGCGAACGGGCAAGACAGCCAGAAACAGGGAGACCCAGGCCGGAGCCCCCGAGGGCAGGUGUGGACGGAUGUGGAUGCCGGCUGGCAUCCGUCGUCUCCGCCCGUGCCCCUCCCCCACCCAGAGCCGCAUCUGGGGCCGGGGGCUUUCUACCCCAAAGGUGGGGCCGGCGGCCCUCCGGGAGCCCGAGGGAUGUGCACAGCUGAGAGCUGGAACCAAGGCCCCAGGCUCUCGGCCCCCACGACGCGAGGCGAACCGGGGCUGUGCGGUGAAUGCAAAGAGCCAGGCGAGCGCCCAGAGCCGCGCAGCCGACGGCGUCCUCGGCCGCAGCCCAAUGAAAAGAGAGCAGAUAAUUUAUUCUCUAAUCCCGGUCCGGGUGCCGGGCGCUGGCUAG